GAGUAAGCAUGGCUGUAGCGUUCCAUAGCCGGUGCGGCGAUAGAGUGACGCUGAUAAAUAGUAAUAGAACAGCAGUCAGAAACUUUUCAGAGUUUAAUAACGGGUUGGUGCUGAGCAGUCAGCCUCUUGCAGACAAUCAGCUUUUUCAAGUUCGCAUUGAUAAGAAGAUAAACUCCUGGAGCGGAAGUAUCGAAAUUGGUGUAACAUGCUUGAACCCCGAGACAAUGGAAUUCCCAUCUACUGCGUCGGAGCUUCGAGGAGGAUCUUGGAUUCUAUCAGGGACUUCAGUGCUCAAAGACGGCCAGUCUAUCGUGGAGGUGUAUGGCGAAGACUUGGAGAAGCUGUCUGAAGGUGACUGCGUCGGGGUUAUGCGUACCUCAGAGGGUGAGCUGGUGUUCUACGUGAACGAGGAGUCUCAGGGGGUGGCCGCGAGGGACGUUCCGAGUGGCGUCUACGGCUUUGUCGACAUGUACGGGAAGUGUGCGCAGGUGACGGUCAUCGAUGACGACGACGAGACCCGUGGAGACUCUGACGACAGAUCCGACUUCGACGUCGAGCUGAGUGCGAGUUGCGGAACGUACGAGCCGGCCGACGGGCAGCAGCAGCCGGCACUGGUGACGGACCUCGUAGUCAACAUGAACGUCGCCAACACUCGGCGCGACGUCAUCGCGUUCGAAGAGGAGUCGCCGCCGGCGUCCGUAGUCGCCGCAGAGGACGUCGAAGUGUCGCCCCCUCCGGACAGGUUGAGGCUGACCGCAGGUGCCCGCAGGUUCCACGAGCGCUGCGGCAGCCUGGUGCGCAUCUCCUGCGGCGGUCGCAGCGCGGAGAGGAGGCGGCCGCUCGACGAGUUCAACAACGGCGUCGUCAUGACGCACCGCCCCCUGCACGACGACGAGCUGUUCGAGAUCCGCAUCGACCGGCUGGUGGACAAGUGGUCCGGCAGCAUCGAGGUGGGCGUGACGACGCACGACCCGGCCGCCCUGGCGUUCCCCGCCACCAUGACGAACCUGCGCACGGGCACCACCAUGAUGUCCGGCAGCGGGAUCCUCACCAACGGGAAGGGAACGCGCCGCGAGUACGGCGAGUUCAACCUGGACGAGCUGUGGGAGGGCGACCGCAUCGGCAUGGUGCGCAAGGCGAACGGCAACCUGCACUACUUCAUCAACGGGCUGGACCAGGGCGUGGCUGCCAGCAAGGUGCCGUCCCGCGUCUGGGGCGUCGUCGACCUCUACGGGAUGACUGUCAAGGUUUCCAUCGUGGACAGAGACGAGCGGGAGGAGCAGAACCUGAUCACGCGGAGGAACACGACGCAGCGGUCGCAGGCCGCGCUCCACAGCCUCAACGAUCUGCCCGAGGAGGACAACGUGGACCGGCUCAUGUUCCACCCGAACUGCGGCACGCACGCCGCCGUCAUCAACAACCACCGGACGGCGCACAGGCCGCAUGCGAUGGACGACUUCAACAACGGCGUCGUGCUGACGAACCGGCCGCUGCGGCCGGGAGAGCUGUUCGAGGUGCGGCUCGACAAGAUGGUGACCAAGUGGGCCGGCUCCAUCGAGAUCGGCGUAACGAUGCACAGCCCCGCGGAGCUGGAGUUCCCCUCCACGAUGACCAACGUGAGGUCCGGGACGUGGAUGAUGACUGGGAACGGAGUGAUGCACAACGGGUCGACCGUCAUCCACGAGUACGGCCAGAACCUGGACCGGCUGCAGGUGGGCGACCGCGUGGGCGUGAUGCGCACGGAGGAGGGCACGCUGCACUUCUUCGUGAACGGCGUGGACCAGGGGAGUGCGGGGGCGGGCGUGCCGGAGCAGGUGUACGGCGUGAUCGACCUGUACGGGCAGGCGGUGCAGGCGACCAUCGUCGACCCCGCCCUGGACUGCCGAGGAUUCGACUCCCGACAGUGUGAGGUCUGUCACUUACGGUCUCUCGUUUCUACCCGCAGUGACCUGCGCUUUCGGCACUCGCACGGCAAGAAGGCGCGGCUCUCCAACGGCGGCACGACGGCGUCGCGGCCCCGCGCGUUCGGGGAGUUCAACGACGCCAUCUUGGUGAGCAACCGCCCGCUGAGGGACGACGAGAUCUUCGAGGUGGUCGUGGAGAAGACUGUGGACUGCUGGCUUGGUUCCAUAGAAGCCGGGGUAACGUCCGUACGGCCAGACGAGCUGGAGCUGCCGUGCACGAUGACGGACCUGGAGCACGGGACGUGGAUGCUGUCCGGCAGCAACGUCAUGGUGGACGGCGUCGUGCUGCGCAAGGACUACCCUUGCGACCUGGACGAGGUGGUCGUCGGCAACAGAGUGGGUAUGGCGCGGCACUCAGACGGCACGCUGCACUUCUACCUGGACGGGGUGGACCGCGGGCCGGCGUGCGGCGGCGUGCCCCCGGGCGUGUACGCCGUCAUCGACCUGUACGGCCAGUGCGCGCAGGUGUCCAUCGUGCAGCCCGAGCGGCCGGCGGGGGCCGCGGCGGGAGCCGCCCCCGGGAGGCUCACGCUGCCCGACCGCCCCCACCAGCUGACAACGGAGACGACUCCGACGACCGUGGGCGGCGGCAACGCGAGCGAGACGCUGGGCCCGAGCAGCCAGACGGCGGUGCCCGCCGACUCCUGCCACAGGUUUGGUGCUGUCAGCGGGAAGAACGUAGUACUGCGGUCCGGCGGCACAGUCGCCACCCGACUGCGUGGCUACUCGCACGCCCUCGUGUUUUCUUCCGACCCCCUAGAACCCGACGAAACAUUCGAGAUCUGCUUGCGCGAGUUGGCCCCCCACUGGUCGGGAACCGUGCGGCUGGGUGUGACGACGCUGGUGCCCACGAUGUCUGCAUCCGGCUCCGGCUCCGGAUCUGGAUCGGGUGGUCCCGGCUGCCCGCCUGUCGCUGCCCUGCCGGCGGUCAGCGCCGACACUUGGUACCUCAUACGCAACGAGGUGCAGAAGAACGGGCGCACGCUGCAGCACUGCUACUGCCCCAGCCUCGAGUGGCUGACGGUCGGCGACCGCGUGGGAGUCCGGCGCGCCGCCGACGGGGCCCUCAGCUUCUCGCUCAACGGCGAGGACGUGGGCGUCGCCGUGCCGUACGUGCCGAAGAAAGUCUACGCGGUGGUGGACCUGUACGGCAAGGCGGUGUCGGUGGCGGUGACGAGCGUGGGCGGGCGCGCGGGGGCGGUCCCCGCCUCGCCCGGCCCGGUCGGCGUGCCGCCCCUCGCCGCCGGCAGCGGCGGGCCGGACGACAGCCUGCGCUCCAGCCGGCUGCACGACUCGCUCGAGAUCCUCCUGGACACCGCCGAGCCGGCGCAGCCCGCGGCCGACAGGGCUCCACUUGAACCGACGGGGUCGGAAGGCGACACCUGCGAAGACGUCCCGGUCGUCAGGGAAACCGCGGCGGACGACGGCGCCGCGGAGCCGGCAGUGGGCGCCGCGCCGCCAGAGGACCGCUCGGAGAGGACGAAGGGCUCCGGCGGCGUGUCGUCGUCCGACAAGGGCCAGCUGUCCUCCCGACAGGGCCAGUCGGACGCCGAGGCGGAGAGCCUGAUGUCUUUCUGGAGCGAGCGCUUCGGUCGCAACAUCGAGCUGGGGCCCGGCGGGCGGACGGCACGCCGCACGGCGUCCUACAACCAGGGGCUCGUCGUGUCGGACCGCCAGCUGCCGCGGGACCACGUCUUCCAGGUCCGCAUCGAGGCGACGGACCCGCGCUGGGUGUCGUCGCUGCUGGUCGGGGUGACGUCGCGCUCGACGCACUUGCCCGUCACCGCCCUCGGCCUCGGGAAGGACACGUGGGUCAUCUGCGGCGACUUCGUGCUCAGGAACGGCAUCCCGAUCCGAGGGCAGUACGGCCCCAACUUGGACUCGCUGGGAGUGGGGGACGUGGUGGGCGUGUCGGUGGACGCGGCCGGCCGGCUGCACUUGUGGGUGAACGGAGCGGACCAGGGGGUCGCCGCUCAGGACCUGCCCGUGCACCUGCACGCCCUCGUCGACGUGUACGGCCAGUGCCAGCAGGUGAGUUUGGUCCGCGUCGUCGGCGGUCCGGGCGAGAGCGCCACGCCCGACGAGGCUCCCGCCUUGCCGCUCGGCACGGAGGAGGACGACGGCGCGGAGGCUGCGGCCGCGGUCGAGCAGGCGGCGGCGGGGGUGGGCCCGCCCUCGUCGUGCCACGCGGCCCAGGCGGCGGCCGCGGCCUACAUCGCGGAGGUGGACGACGCGGAAGACCGGGACGGCCUCAGCGAGAAGGCGGACCUGGAGUGCGACGAGAAGGAGAAGGUGGAGGCGCAGGCAGAGGCGAAGCGCGGGGCCGGCACUCAGCGGGACGAGGAGCUCUUCGCGAGCGGCAGAGACCCGCCGGCGUCGCUGUCGAACGCGCGGGCCCCGGCGUCUCCGCCGCGCUCGCUGCCCGCCACCCUGUCGGACAACGACGUGGCCAACGGGCAGCUGAAACAGCAGCAGCAGCAGCAGCUGCACGGUUCGGCGCCGGUCAUCACGCCGACGGCCGUGGCGAAGAAGUCGGCGCCGCCGUCGCCCGUCAGCGACAACUCUGUCAGCCAGCAGCAGCAGCAGCAGCACGGCAAAAUCGUCACACAGGUGUCCGGAGGGACCGCCUCGCGGCGCGCCACGCCGGCCUCGACCCCGGGCGGCGGCGGGCUGGACAGCUGGGCGGCGGGCACACCCCCCGCCGGCACCCCGGCCGCGUCCGCGGCCGCCCCCACGUCCGCCAGCUGCCCGUCCUCCGGAGGCGGCCGACUCUGCGCGCCCGCGUCGGUGACCGCCCCGCCGGCCGCACCCGCCAGGAAGUGCGACUACCACACGGUGUGCGCGCGCUUCCGCAGCUUCCUCGGCUUACCAGACGGCUUCUUCCUGCCGGGCGACGCGGGCUCCUGCUUCUGCGAGCAGUGCGUGCGCCGACUGCGGCCGCCCUCGCCGCCGCCCGGCCUGACCGUCCGCCGCAAGUCUUGCGUGGCGGCGGCGCCCGCGGCAGCGUCCGCUGCGGGGACGCCGACCGGGGCAUCCGACUCGGCCGUUCCCGCCACACCGGCAGUGGUGGGGACCGGCACUGUGGACGCCGGCUCGGGGACGGCGGUCGCGGACGUGGCCGCCUUGCAGUCUGCCGAGAUACUGCUGCAGAUAGCUGGCUGGUGCAGGUUCCCCCUGAAGAGGCGGCCGAAGCCGUCUCCCCAGGAGGGCGGCGACAGCGCGGGCGCGCCGCCACAGCCGUGCGCGGGUUGGCACGUCGCCUUCUGGGGCGCGCGCCUCGGCGACGUGCGGCAGGUGCUGGACCGCGGCGAGCUGCUGCUGCCAGGUGAGCUGGGCCUGCAGCGGAUGCGGGACAAGUCGGACUCCGAGGGCUCGCAGCUGGUCUUCUCUCCGGACAUCCGGCACGCCGUCAGCAAGACGUUGCCCUGCCGCAAGAAGUCAGAAUUCCUGGACCCCAAGACGCGGCAGCGGUACUGUGCGUGGGCGGCGUUCCAGGUGCUGGUGCAGCCGGGGACGUACAAGGUGUCGGCUGCGCGGGCGCCGGCCCAGGCGGAGGCGGAGGAGUGGGUGACCAAGGAGCGCGGCACGACCGUGCUGUCGGCGCUGCUGCUGCGGCUGCGCCCGGCCGACGACGACGCGGCGCCCGCCACGUCCGCCGAAUGCCGCGGCUGA